AACAACAUAGUAUUCAAGAAUCCUUAUUACUUUCUUGAAAAUGUCAAAUGUUUUCUUGAUUUCAUGUGUUCUGUUUACUCUGUUUGUGCCAUCAACAUAUGCACAAUCAUGCACAAACUACAACUUCACAAGCAACAACCAAAUGUCAUUCACUUCAUGUAGUGAUCUUCCAUAUUUAAACUCAUUCCUUCAUUGGAAUUACAAUCCUUCUACAAAAACUGUGAAAAUCGCCUAUCGACACACUAAGAUUAAUGCCUCCACAAGAUGGGUAGCAUGGGCUAUAAAUCCAACUUCACAAGGCAUGGUUGGUUCACAAGCACUUGUUGCAUAUCAAAAAUCAGAUGGAAAAAUGAGUGUUUAUACAUCACCUAUUACAAGUUAUCAGACACAAUUACAACAAGGGGAUUUGAGUUUUAAUGUGUCUGAUUUAUCAGCUACUUAUAUCAAUAAUGAAAUCACUAUUUUUGCUACUUUAAAACUUGAGGAUUUUAACUCUACAAUUUUGAAUCAACUAUGGCAAGAAGGUCCACUUUCAGGAGAUUCACCAGCAAUGCAUGAUACUGCUGGUGUUAAUACUCAAUCUGCUGGAGCUCUCAGACUUCUUUCUGGACAAUCUGGAACUACUUCAACAAAAGCAAGCUCGCAAUUUAACAAGAGAAAUCUUCAUGGAUUGCUAAAUGCAGUGAGUUGGGGGAUCAUGAUGCCUAUAGGGGUCUUGUUUGCAAGGUACUUAAAGGUGUUUUCAGACCCUGCAUGGUUUUACCUACACUCUAUUUGGCAAAUCACAGCUUAUGUUAUUGGUGUUGCUGGCUGGGCUACUGGUCUCCAAUUAGGGAGUGAGUCUAAUGGUAUUCAAUUUACUGCCCAUAGAAUCAUUGGCUUUGUCCUCUUUUCUCUAGCCACCCUCCAGGCUUCUGCUAUGCUUCUAAGGCCAAAAAGGGAUCACAAGCACAGGAUCUACUGGAACAUUUACCACAGAGCAGUUGGCUACUCAAUUGUUGUUCUUGGAAUCAUUAACAUAUUCAAAGGUUUGAACAUCUUGAAACCUCAGAAGAAAUGGGAAACAUAUUAUAUUGCAACUCUAGUUGGUCUAGGAAUCAUUGCUGCAUUAUUGGAAGUUAUCACAUGGUGUGUGGUUAUAAAAAGGAACAAGUCUGUUAGUAAUACAGUUGAGAAGAAUCCACAAGGUCUUCAUGAAUCAAAUUGGUAUAAUGGUCAUGAAAAUGGAACAAAUAGGACACAUUACAGAGCUUAGAUUACUGAAAUUUUUAUUUUCUUGAAUUUGUUGUUGAUAUUUACUUAUGUAUGUCAUUCCUCCUUAUGUACUUUAUAUAUAGCAGAGUGUUCUUUCCUUUCUUUGUAUGUUCCUCGGUGUUUCUCUCGUUCUCUAGGGUCAGUGAUGCAUGGUUUGAUAAACUCGAUGAAUAAUGGAUUCUUUUCUUCCCUCUACUAUAUGAAAGGGUUUGAACCUGUGA